AUGAAAACGAAUUCGAUUCCGCCCGCGCGCAGGAUACAUACACAGCCUAAUGGCUUUUCCGCCGUGCGAUCUGCCGCCGUCGGGCUUGCCCGCGUGUUCUCGAUGACCUUAUCGACUGCCUACGCCGCACCACUCGGCAUCCAGGGCCACGGUGGAGGCGGGGACGAGCCCGAGGCCGAAGGUGCCAGCCUCUGGGUUCUUUAUGCGGCCUCUCUGGUCCUGGUACUUUCGGGUGGCGCUUUUGCAGGGCUGACCAUCGCACUGAUGGGUCAAGACGGAAUCUACCUCCAGGUUAUGGCAGGGGACCCAAGCGAGCCGCAACAGAAGAACGCAAGACGCGUUUAUGAGUUACUUAAGAAAGGGAAGCAUUGGGUUUUAGUUACUCUGCUCUUGGCCAAUGUCAUCGUGAACGAGACCCUUCCCGUCGUUCUCGACCGUUGUCUUGGCGGUGGUGUUGCUGCCGUGGUCGGUGCUACCUUUUUGAUUGUCAUCUUUGGUGAAGUCCUUCCCCAGUCCGUCUGCGUUCGAUAUGGCCUCCAAAUAGGUGGUUACAUGUCAAAACCGGUCCUCGCCAUGAUGUACUUGAUGGCACCCUUUGCCUGGCCUACAGCGAAGCUACUCGACUGGCUUCUGGGAGAAGACCACGGCACGGUUUACAAGAAGAGCGGGUUAAAGACCCUCGUGACUCUUCACAAGAGCCUCGGCGACGUCUCCCAGCGCUUGAACCAAGACGAAGUUACCAUCAUCAGCGCGGUUCUGGACUUGAAGGAAAAACCGGUCGCGAAUGUGAUGACGCCAAUGAGCGACGUUUUCGUCAUGGCGGAGGAUACUGUGCUGGAUGAACCGACAAUGGACAUGAUCCUAUCCGCUGGAUACUCGCGCAUUCCCAUCCACGAGACUGGAAACCCCACAAACUUCGUCGGCAUGCUGCUUGUCAAGAUUCUCAUCACCUACGAUCCCGAGGACUGUCAACUUGUUCGCGACUUCCCGGAAAUUAUCGACGAGUCGGAUGUCUACAUUGAUGUGCACAAAGCCAUCCGCCGUCUUACCCCGGCACCAAAAGCGAGAGUCCAGCGGCGGCUAUCGGAAGAUCCAGGCGCGAAAUACGUUGAUACUGCCAACAUGAAAAGCAACAGCGAGAGUGCGAUUCUCGACGGCAACAAGUCAAACCAAGCGGUCGGCGCAACGAGUCACGAGUCACCUAUGCUGUCCACCAGUCCGAAGACAGCAACGUUGAUGAUGCGGAGGAGUUCUGCUGGAUUGGAUGGCCAGUUCCUCAAGACUACCGUUCCCGUGCGGGCAAAUUUCGAGGAUAUCAAGCAGCACCUCAAGCAUCUCGGCCCCUCUAACCCGGCAACAAACCCCAACAAGACGCGUUCAACCACUGUGAAGAUCAAGCCGGGCAGCGGUGCCCCGUCGGCUCAGCCGCGGUCCGCCUCAGCGACCCAGCCUGGAAGCGAUGAGACGCCAACGGAGGAAGGGGACGAGACAACGAGUCUCCUCAAGCCCCAGAUUUCCGGCAAGGACGGUGUCCAGGCGCUGCGGCAAACGUACGGCUCGGUUAGCCCUGCAAUAACGGUGCAACUCGCACCGCAGUCAAACGGCAUACCUGAGUUGAUACUGGAUGCGGAGGAGCAAGUUGACAAGUCAACGCAAACCCCCGCUCAGCCCGACCUCAUAGACCUGGAUCCAGAAGAAACCGCCGCAGGUUCCGUACAAUCCCAGCAACAACAGCAGCGGGAACCGUCCCCAUCGCAGCCCAAGCGGCAACCGCGCCCCAGCUCAAGCGGCGAGAGCGCCAACAGCGCCAACAGUGCCGAGGAUAAGAAAACGGAUACCAACACCCUCGUCUUGCAGCGGCCGUACGUCCGAAGCGGCAGCAUCACAGAGAACGUCAUCGAAUCCCGCGGCGUGCGCAAGGUGGUGCUAGAAACCACCAGCUCCAACGAUGAGGAGGAAUCGGCCGUUGCGGCGGGCUCGUUGCCCGACCAGCCAAGACUGCUAGGUCGUACCCCGUUCGGGCUCUUCGGAAGGGAUCGUGACAACGGCAAGGAUAAGGAGGGCGGGGAUGGGAAAGAGGAUGGGAGGAGCCAGCCGAGCCCGGUUGUUGAGGAGGAGGACGGCGAGGACGUCCUGUCGCCGGGGCCGGAGGAUGACGACGAGCCCGGGUCGUAUGCCGAGGCUGCUGCUAAGGGGACUCCUCAGGACGGUCAAGCGGGACCGUCGAGUGGUGCAGGGAAAAAGAAGAACAGGAGGAAAAAGCGGAAGGGCGGUAAACCGUAG